AUGUCACUAGAUCAUUGUAAAAAUUUGGCCUACUAUCUACUAACUACAAAUUAUGCUCCAUAUCAAAAUGAAAAGUUGCAACACUUGUUUGGUCAUAUUAAUGAUGAUAAAAGUAGUAAAACACGGAGAAAACCUCUUUCGAAAGCUCCUACUACUGCAAACACCACUAACAGUGUUACUGUCAACAUAUCAUAUGGAGAUAAUUCCUUGCCUGUAUUAUCUAGAAAUACUCAACAAAAGAAACAUUAUAAUUUCUUAAUAAAAAUGCUUAAACGUGACAGUCUCUUGCCAGAAUCACUAUGGAAUAACGUUUAUAAUCAACUAUGUGAUAAUUUUGUUUGUGAAUUAAAUUCUUUGCAUCGGAAUUUUCAUCAACUCACAUCUACCAGUGCAUUUGUUAAUUAUGUUAUUCAAUAUCUGGGACGUUCAUUUAGUAUGAAACAUAAUAUUAUUCAGUUAACCGAUAUUGGAUUAUCAGAGUCAUUUAAACAUAAUAAUAUUGACAAUACUUCAAUUGAUGUGAAAACAAAAGAACAAAUAUUAUCACACUUGACAGAGGCUCUUGCGAACACCUUAUUAAAAUAUCCAAUUCAUUUAGCUUAUAAAAGACCACCUUCAGGCUUAGAAACUGUCAAAUCGUACGUCUCUACAUUUCGUAAACAAUGCAAGGAAGUUCUAGAAUAUUGCCUAUCACACUUCGAGGCAAAUUAUUUAGUAUUUACUAUGAGAACUGAUAAAAUUUACAAUUUAUCCAAUAUUUCAACGAAUGAUAAUGAUGAUGAUGACGAUGAUAUUUCGUCUAGUUCGUAUACAAAUUCAAUGGAUAAGACAUACUAUAAUAAUUAUUCAGUUGUUGAAUUGAUUAGAAAUUAUAAUGGACUUCAAGUUAUUGAAGUGCAAUAUUUCUAUGGUGUUUUUGUCUUUUUUUCUGCCAAGUUUUAUGUAGAACAUAUUGCGUCUACUAGAAUAAAUGAUUCAAUGGCCAACUGA